AUGGGCUGCAACAGGCUCUGGUCUGGUCAAAAGCUGGAACCAUCCUUGGCCUCGCUGCCUCAGUAUGAUAGUGAACACCCUGGGGUAGACUGCCUCAGCAGUGCCAGACCGUGUUCCGUGCAGCGGCCACCGUCAACCAUAUUGAAUGCUAGCAUUGCUUACAUAGCCGGGUUUGUGACAAAAGCAGUCGUGGAGCGGAGAAGAUGUAUUUUCUGCCCUUACCUCCAUCAAUCAGAUGGAUCCAGUCCUGUGCUAAUGGGGCUAAUUAGCCUGAAGUCAAGGAGUGGCCUAACUUUCCCAAAGCCUGAAUUUGUCAUGGUACUUGUGACCAUUAAGAAGGCUGUUGACAUUGCCCUGCUGCACAUAAAAAAGAGCAAUGUGCGUCAGCACUUGGCUGAACUGAUUUUGCCUCACCUUGAACAGUGCCCCCUUUUUGAAUGCCCGGCAAGAGAUGAGCAUGGUGCGAGCAAACUGUCAGUGGUCUUCGACAAGUUUAUUAAGCCACUCUUGUCCAAUGUCGGUGCGGCUGUGACAGACAGGGCAGCUUACCGGAAAAAGCUUGCAUGGAAGCCACUGUACCGGAAAGUGCUGCGCGUGUAA